AUGAGAAAUGCAGCUGAGCUUUCACAAGAUUGUUAUCGAUUUGAAAGUUUGACACCAGAAUCUAGCAAAGUUGAUCCGGAUAACGUCAAAGAUGAAUCAAAUGCCGCAACAAAUUUCCCUAAUCUCCAAAUUGUAUCCCGAACAUCAUCUGCUUCGUUGAGAGACGGCAUCGAAUUUCGCAUCGUUGGAGAUUUAAAAAAUCCUCGAGAGAUCAUCAAUCGUACGAGUGAUUUCGAAAGCGUUAUUGUUGUUCUGCAGCAACUCAAAUGUGAUGUUGAUAGCGAAUGUCGACCUGAUACUCACGUUCAUGAGAGCCAGCAAGUGGAAACGGAAGUGGAAAACAUUUCUGAUGAAAUCUCAGAGUUUGUGUGUGACAACGAAGCACAAAAUCACUUGAGCGAAAAGUAUCGUAAAAUGUUGAAGAAGCUUGGACCGCCUUGGAAUUGGCUUUAUGAGUUCGCAACUAUGAAUUGCAGUGAGAUGUCUUAUAAUUACAUUGAGUCGUUAAGUUUUGAAGUGAUGAAACGUUCUGACGAAAGCAAUGAUGAUAUUGAUGAAGCGAAAGUAGGUGAAAUUCCAUCGUCAAUGUCAGAAAUGUCUGGAAUAUCAUAUUCAGAUUGCACACUGUUUGAAUGUAACGAACAAAUCAGCAAGAAUCACAAAGUUUUAAUUGAUGCCAUUUGCUCGAUUAGUGAAGCGUCUGACAAUGGUGAUUGCAAUAUCAAGGAUACAAAUUCAAUUGGCUCAUUCCUAGACGAGCAAAUGUCAAAGCAGCAACUUCAACCAUCUGACUAUGAACGUUUACGGAAGUUCAUUAGCAAAGCCGAAGAGCAGGGACUUGUGUUCAACGAUUUAAAUGAGCUUUAUAACUUUUUCAUUCAGGAAUCAUCACGCGAGAACAUAAACUAUGAAGUUGAAAUUCGUGAGGAAGAUGAAGAAGAAGAAGGGGAAGUGGAGAAUGUAAUUGCCACAACAGAUGCUACUCAAGUUGAAAACAAAAAAGUUGAAAGAGAAAUUAAAGACGAGAAUAAACAUGUCACUACAAUUUUCAAUGAAAGUGGGAUAGAAUUAGAUGGUAAAACGUUGGAUACAAAACUUUCAGAGCAAAUGAUUCUCGGCUUAGUUGAUAAAUUGCAAUUUGAAGAGAACAUCUCAGAUGUUGCUUCAGCCAUUUCAUCCUCAAGUCAAGCUGAAACAAUUCGAAUGAAUCAGAAUAAUCAAGAAGGGGCUCAAUUAUGGCCCCAGAAUGGUAAAAAAGAGGAAAAUAUGCAAACGUCAUCAACUUCUUCGAUGAGUUACCUCGAUUCACUGACUCAUCAAAAAAAAAUCCAAAGCAAACAAGUUGGAAAGUCAAAAUCGGCAUCAUCCAUCAAGCGUCAACCAUUUGUGUGCAAGAUACCGUCGCUACCUGGAAUCGGUCCAUCAAUGAACAAAGAACGUGUUGAAAAGAUUCUCAGAUUUAUAUUUCAUCGAUCAUUCAAACAAGGCGGUCUUGUUUAUCCUCGAAAUUUCUCUGAAGACAAUUGUCCAAAUAUGAUGACAGAAUGA